GAGACGGAUGUGAGAGAAUUUCAGUCCUCAUUGGAAAACAACCCAACUAAACAUAACAGAUUACAUCAGCUCAGGCUUUUCAAUUCCUGGAUGGCAGCAGUGUGCUAAUCCAACCUUCAUCCUGGAUUUCGCAAAGUAAAACAAGGGAGGCUGGCAAAGGGACAGAUUGAGGAAAUUGACGACGGCAGGCCUUGUGGGCAAUAGGCUGUAUAAAGCUCAAAAACCUGUAAGCUGAUCUUCAGCUACUACUUUGGGUUCUUCACUGCCACAUCCCAGAGCAGAAGAACCUCAGGACUGAAUUUUGCAACCUGUUCUUUGGGCGAUAUUGUGCUUCUGUCACCAAGAGACAUGGAGUGUUUUCCAGUCUUCAUUCUACUUCUGGUACCUGUGCAUAUUGUGGGAGCUACCUGGAGCAUCAAAUACGCUGUGGACUGCCCAGAGUCCUGCGACAGCAGCGAAUGCAAAAGCCCUUUACACUGUAAGCGGGUGGUAUUGGAUGACUGCGGCUGCUGCAGGGUGUGUGCUGCAGCCUUGGGGGAGACUUGCUACCGGACAGUCGCAGGUAUGGACGGAGUCAAAUGCGGCCCCGGACUGAAGUGCCAGUUUUUUUCCGAAGAGGAUGAUUUUGGUGAUGAGUUUGGUAUCUGCAAAGAGUGCCCAUAUGGUACCUAUGGAUUAGAAUGCCGAAGAACAUGCAACUGUCCGUCCGGCAUCUGUGACAGAAUAACUGGAAAGUGCUUAAAGUUUUCUUUUUUCCAGCUGGCUGCAUCAAAAAACCCCAACAGGCGAAAAUUAAUUUCACAUACAGAGAAUUAUAUGGGAUCUGGUGACGGUAAUUCUGUAAAAGAGGAUUUUGCCAAAGAAAAAGCCAUUCAUUCCCCGAUAACGAAAUGGCUAAACCCUCGCUGAUAUUAGCCUAUAUGUAUAGGACUUUCAAACCGAUGCUUUCUUCAGAUUUAUGAAUGUUCAACAACCCAUUUUAAAGGCAGUCAGUCUCCAGCAACGGGAAUGGUAAUGUGUAAAAAAAAACCCAACCCAAUCUGUGUACCUUCAAGAAAACCGUGAACUUUCAGUAUGAGACUUGUGUACAGUGUACAUGAUUUUUGGAACAUGUUUUGAUAAUCAUUUGAAUACUGGAUGCGUUAUGAAUUGUUGAAUGUAAAAUACUAUUGGAACUUCUAAAAAUGCAAGGAUUUCAAACAAACAGUUAACCAUCUCACUUCUGCAAGUCCUACACAAAAUAUUCAUUCACCUAAAAAGAAAUGGAUGGUGAUAGGAAAUAUGAAGUUUAUAUCUGAUAUCCCUGGCUAACAUCUGCAAUGCAUUUAUAAUAAUAUACAGAACAGGUGGGUAUAAUAUAAAGGACUAAAAUUAUUCUUAACGUUGCAAAUGAAGAUUACAAUCCGAUGCAUAUUUACUUGGGAGUAAGUCAAUGGGAUUUACUUUUGUCUAAGCAUGUGCAUGCAUGGCCAUAAUCCAACACAUAGCUAAACAUGCAAGCUAAACACACUAUGCAUGUUUAUAUGAAGGUUAGUGCUACUAUGUCCAAUGGGCCUUACUCUCUGGUAAGCACACAUAGGAUUGUUGCCUUGAACCAGUUGAAAAGUUAUCAAAUCGUAGCCUAAAGCUGCAAUCCUUUCUACAGUUGGGCUGCUUAAAUCCCAUCAAUAUGAUUGAAAUGUCUCCUGUGCAGAAUUACAGCCUCAGACUUCUGUUAAGCUAAAUAAACAAACGUAUCCUUUAUAUCAAACUGUCUACAGUUUAUAAUACUCAUCUCAAAUGUAACAAACACAGGUAGAAUUGCAGCUGGCUUUUAAAGAGAGAUUCUCACGGGGAAACAGUCUGUAGUGGCCAAUGAUUUUUGUAGAAGCAUUAUAACAAACACUCGCUGCAAAUAAUACAUGCUUCCAUCCAAGGGAACUGAAG